AUGGCGAACGUCGAUGAACUCUUAACUUCCUUGACCUCAGACAUCAACACCUACACCGGCAAAGAUCCUCUUCUCCCUUGGCUCCGGGGUAUACGAAAGAUGAAAGAUACUCUUCCUUCCCAAACCCUUAAAGAAAAUCUACCUGGUUUUUUACAGAAAUGCGCUCAUACGUUCGAGCUCGAUCGACGUUACAGAAACGACAUGCGUUAUCUUCGUGUUUGGCUCCACUUGAUGGAUUUUGUGGAUGAUCCAAGAGCACUUUUGAGAACCAUGGAGGUUAAUCAUAUUGGGACAAAACGUAGUCAAUUUUACCAAGCAUAUGCUCUUUACUACGAGAAGAGCAAGAGGUAUGAUGAGGCAGAGAAAAUGUACCAUCUGGGAGUGAAGAACCUUGCAGAGCCUGAGGAUGAAUUGCAGAAAUCAUAUGAACAAUUUCUUCAACGCAUGGAGAGAAAGAAUAAUAAGAGAAUCCAGGUAGUGACUAGCUUUUCCAUUAUGUCUGAUGAUGAUAGACACAUAAAGACUAAAAACGAUGAGUGCAAAAGAUUUCGUGCUGAUGAUACAGUUGUAGUCAAGUUUGUUGACACUGCCAUGGUUGGGAAGUCUGAAGCAGAAGAUGCAUGCCAUCAUGGAUUGGUGGAUCCUACAAUAAAUAUGAAAGAGGCCAUGAAUGCCAUUAACAACAUGUUCAGGGAGCCAUUAGAGACUGUUCCGUUAGCCAGGAAAUCACAUAAAAAACAUUCAAAAGAAGAUCGUAGAACACAGAACGAAUUUGAAAUUUUUGUUGAUGAAAACAUGGAUAAUGGAAUCAAACCAAGCGGUUCCUUAUCACAUCAGCACAGGACUGAAGCAAGCCAACCUCGCCAAGAACCGCUCCAGAUAUAUAUUGAUGAUGAAGGAUGUUCUGAGACCAAUGUCAUAAAUGUGAAUUUGACUGAAGGUUCUUCAUCAUCAGCUUCACAACUACAUGGCUUUGUUUUCCCCCGACCCAAGGAUCUUCCUUAUGAAAAAUCUAGUGAUGUGGUUGCAGAAAGCUCCCGUAAUUCAAAGUUCAGAGAAGAUACAAUCGUUCGCAGAUUUGUCGGUUCCACCAUUUUGGAUGAACCAGAGGUGGAAAAUGUUUGCCACCACGGUUUAGUAGACCCUACAAUCAACUUGAAGGAAGCUAUGAAUGACAUAAAUAACAUGUUUGGGAAGCCAAUGGAUUUUGUUAGGAGAAAAAGGUCAAUGAAGCAGGAGAAAGCACCCGAGAGUAACAAUAGAAAGGAAUUUGGUGGGUUUUCAAUCCUUGCUGAUGAUGACCUGGAACAGCAACAGGGUCUGCCACAACCAAAAUUACCAGCAAAGUCAAAGGAAUCUGAUUUAUUUGAGCCAACUCUCCACACAAAGGAAGCCAUGGACGACAUAAACAAGAUGUUUAAUAUGCCUCUGAACUUUUAG